AUGGCUAACUUCAAGAAUCCAUAUUCUGUCAUGUGCAACACUGUUCCUCCCUUUGCAUUUGCAGUUUUGCACCAGAUGAAUAGGAACUAUGGUAAGAUUGGUGAAGAUGUGGUGGAAUACCUACAGCUCCCAGAUGAUGGAGAAUUUCUCCUUACUGACCAAUUGGGUGUGACCAAGGAAGUAUCAUUUACUGUGGUGGGCAAAAAGGCUUACCUAAUUAUAGGAUGGUGUGAGCUUCGAGAAUUUUACCAUUUUUAUGGGAACUGUUGGUUUCUUUUUAAACAUGUGAACAACUUUAACUUUUAUUUUUCAAUAUUUGAUCCAAUAUUUGCUGAGGUGAAAUAUCAUGGUUGGCCUGUGACUGUGAAGCAAGAGAAUGUUGAUAUUAUGAGUCAAAUGUUCCCUGCACCUAAGCAACCAGAAAUACCAAUGAUCUACAAAAAUUCAAGUGGUUCUGCUGUUAUGUUUUGGUUUAAAAAUAAAAAUCCUUCAUGUGUGGUAACUCUUUCAAAAACCCAAGCUGUUGGGAGUUAUGUGGCCUUACCAGCUAAAAUUGUUGUGUUUAUUCGUCAAUUUGGAGUUUCUCCAUUGAAGCUUCGAGGGCAUGUGGGUGAUGAUGUUACGUGCAAGUUGCUGAGCAAAAACAAGAAAGAUGUGAGGAUUGGAUCAGGCUGGAAGAAAUUUUGUACACGUAAUGGGGUUCGUGCGGGAAAUCUGUGUUGCUUUAAGUUUACAAAGAUCGCAGAGAGGAUUGUUGAAGUGUCUAUUGUUUUUGGAUAA